AUGGCACAAUCCCGAGAUAGCACUGGACGUUUUUUAUUAGUUGAUAAAAAAGCAGCAAACUAUGAAGAUUUAAUUGAUAAAGAAAUGAAUGCAAUAUAUGAACGUGUAAAAAAAAUAGAUCCAAAUCAAACUGAAUUUUUACAAGCUUUUCAUGAAAUAUUGUAUUCUUUAAAGCCAUUAUUUAUAGAGGAGCCAAAAUAUUUACCAGUUAUAGAAAUUUUAUCUGAGCCUGAAAGAUUAGUACAGUUUCGAGUUUGCUGGAUAGAUGAUAAUGGCGUACAAAGAAAAAAUAGAGGAUUUAGAGUUCAAUUUAAUAGUGCUUUAGGAAUAUAUAAAGGUGGAUUACGUUUUCACCCAUCUGUUAAUUUGUCUAUAGUAAAAUUUUUAGGGUUUGAGCAAAUUUUUAAAAAUUCAUUAACAGGAUUAUCAAUGGGUGGAGCAAAAGGUGGAUCUGAUUUUGAUCCUAAAGGAAAAUCCGAUAACGAAAUUAUGAAAUUUUGUCAAAGUUUUAUGAAUGAAUUAUACAGACAUAUAGGCCCACGUACUGAUGUACCUGCUGGUGAUAUUGGUGUUGGAGGUAGAGAAAUAGGUUAUUUAUUUGGACAAUAUAAAAAAAUUGCAAAUAGUUUUAAUGGUACAUUAACUGGUAAAAAUGAAAAAUGGGGAGGAUCAAUUUUAAGAACAGAAGCAACUGGUUAUGGUUUAGUAUAUUUUGUUUUAGAAGUAUUAAAUUCAUUAAAUAUCCAAAUUGAUAAACAAACAGCUAUUGUUAGUGGUAGUGGAAAUGUAGCUUUAUAUUGUGUUCAGAAAUUAUUACAAUUAAAUGUAAAGGUUCUUACAAUGAGUGAUAGCAAUGGUUAUAUAUAUGAACCUAAUGGAUUUACAAAUGAUGAUUUAAAUUUUAUUAUCGAAUUAAAAGAAGUACGUAAAGGUAGAAUUGAAGAAUAUUUAAAACAUUCUUCUACAGCUAAAUAUUUCCCAAAAGAAAAACCAUGGAGUGUUAAAUGUACUUUAGCAUUCCCUUGUGCUACUCAAAAUGAAAUCGAUUUAGAUGAUGCUAAAAUCUUGCAUAAAAAUGGAUGUAUAUUAGUUGGUGAAGGUGCUAAUAUGCCAUCAACAAUAGAAGCUAUUAAUUAUUUAAAAGAAAAUAAAAUUAUUUUAUGCCCUGCUAAAGCAGCUAAUGCUGGUGGUGUUGCUAUUAGUGGUCUUGAAAUGAGUCAAAAUUUUCAAUUUGCUAAAUGGACUAAACAAACUGUUGAUGAAAAACUUAAAGAAAUUAUGAAAAACAUAUUUACAUCAUCCUCAGAAUCUGCAUUAAAAUAUACAGGUAAUAAAUAUGAUUUACAAGCAGGUGCAAAUAUUUCUGGAUUUUUAAAAGUUGCAGAUUCAUAUAUACAACAAGGAUGCUAUUAA